AUGGGAGACCAACAGAUGGUCUUUAUGAGCCCACAAACGGAAAAUUUGGACUAUUUAUACAGUUUGGUCGAGAAGGUAUCGCACCAGAUGACAGAGAACAAGAAAAAGCGGGCGGAGCUACUACGGGGGAUUGAUGUGCUAGUCAACGAGGUGAACCGCACGUCGUCCAAGACUGAGCCACCGGAUAUGAAUUGGGCGGUCAUUUCCAAUUUUUUGAAGCAACGAAACAUACAAGUAGACGACAUACCAGCGAUGACGCAGCACAAUGGGUCUGGAGAAAUGGAAUGUCUGCGAGAACAGAACCGCAUCUUGAAGCAGAUGUUGGGAGAAAAGCAAAGCAAUAACAACGAGAUGCUGCUGCUGCUGAAAGUGCACGAGGGCUGUUUGAGAGACGUGGUGAGUCUAUUGAGACGGGACGUGCUCUCGUAUCACCACGAGCUGAUACUCAAGUGUCGCCAGCUGUACAAAGACCGAAUAUGCGUUUUGGAAGACGAAGAGUUCCAACAUUACAUGAACAACGUUUCUGACGUGCAGGAACUACUGGAUGUUUCAGAGAUUUUCCGUUUGCUUUUGCGACUGACCGAGGGAGUAGAAUCAACCUAG